UAACAAACAGGCUGUUACUCGGUGGGGGAAGGGAAGCUGGCCAACGCCGAACACACUUCUCAAACAUUGUGAUACUGCAAGACAAUAGAGCAAAGUCUUUUAAUCGACCGACAUCGAUACACUAUUCGUCAGGAGUGCGGAGCACAGCGAGGACACUUCUUUUACAGUAUGAAUGUGAGACAGCCGCACAGGUAGUCUGAGAGAGACAGGUGCAGAGACAGUUAGAACAUGUCAGAGGAAGAUCAGGAGAGGGAUAUGGCUCAGGAGACCAAUCAGACACAAGUGCUCUGUUCCAAUGGUUGUGGGUUUUACGGGAACCCACGUAAUAACGGCAUGUGCUCGGUGUGCUACAAAGACUCCUUACAACGACAGAACAACAGCGGCAGGUCCAGCGAUGCAGUGUCUUCCAGCCUUAGCAGUAAAGGAGAAUCUAUGACUGUACAAUCGACGUCACAGCAUGAACAAAACAGUCAGUGUUUUUCAAUGCCAACGCCAGCAGCAGCAGUUACACAUGAAGAAGGUGCUUCAGCAGUAGCUCAAUCAAGCCUGAAAACACCAGAAGAAUUGUCGUGUAGUAAAUUGGCGAGAAACUUCCAGGAGCCCAAGGCAGGCAGCUCAUCAGCGGAGGACUGCAUAUCGAGAGGAAAGAGGAAGCUUGAUGAAACCUGUCAACCCAUAGAGAGAGAGACUGAGCAAACCUCAGAUGUACCAGAGCAACCCAGACCCAAGAAGAACCGCUGCUUCACUUGCCGCAAGAAAGUCGGGCUCACUGGCUUCGGCUGCCGGUGUGGACACUUGUUUUGCAGCAUCCACCGAUACUCAGAUGUUCACAACUGUAGCUUUGAUUACAAGGCUGAUGCAGCUGAGAAAAUAAGGAAAGAAAACCCACUAAUCGUUGGCGAGAAAAUCAAGAAGAUUUGAGUUUUUUACCAUCUUUUCCUUGAAACCUUCAAUUGUGCAUGCUACAAUGAAACACAUACGCAAAUUUAUUUUGUCCCUUUGUUUCAUUUGACCUCUCAAGUUUAUUUACUUAAAAAUACUGUGGUGUGUAUACCGUGAAAUAUUUAUAUAAUUAGUAAUUUAAUUUACAUUAAUAAAUGGGUUUUAGUUCUCACAUGCUGAGAUGACUCGGGUGACCGUGUAUUUCUGGUUAUCAACAAAGCUUGCAUGUUAAAGCCAUUGCCAGAUUUUUUUUUUUCUUUUUUUUCAAUAACGAUUGUAAGCAAGAAAAUUACAUUAUUUACGUAAUAUAAAAAAAGAUAAAGUUUUAUUAUCAAUUACUGUGUUUGCUUCAUCUUUAGUUAAAAAAAAUUAAGAAGUUUAUAUUUCAUUUAAAAUAAACAAAUUGUUUGCGACUCCUGUCUCUGGUUUAACAGGUUUUUUUGCACUUCAUUACAGACUGUGAUUUACAUUUUCCUCAUAUUUCAUUUAUUAGAGUGAGUGGAGGUUGCGAGUGGUUUUAUUUAUGUUUGUGUAUUCACUGCAUUCAUGUUCAAUAAAGUUUUACACGUCACACUGUA